AUGACAAUAGCCGACAAGGUAAGGGACUCAGAUCGACUGUUCCACAACAUCCUCAAGGAGCUCGAGGUUUCCAAGACAGAUCCAGCCUAUGGCAUCGAUCACAGUAUAGCAGUCGACACUUGGGACCGCUUCCAACUUUGGGUCGGCAACAUUGGGGCCGAUCGUCAGGAUGCCUCAAUGCUAUCUUUAGAAUCUCGUAUGACAAGUUCCAGCGAAGUCCUUCAAGAGAUUUCAAAUUUGCUUGGAAGCUUGAUUGAUACUUUGAGAGACUUACUCGACAUUCUAACCAGCCAGCGCAAGAACGCGGACAACAUGCCAGAGCAAUCGAGAGAGGACGGAAUUGAUGAUAGCGACAACGAUAGCGAAGUGGCAACGAGAGAUUACAGAGCGGACAAUCCGAGUGAAGCUCAAGCUUUUCUCGGAAUAGUCAGCGAGUGCAUCACAGGACUCUUUCGACUGUCCACCUUGGUCAUCAAGGCAACACCGCAGGAUCGAUUUUCUAAGGCUCAAGAGGGUAGAGACUCAUUCUCCAUCCAUCAUGCCGACAUCCAAGAUGUGACAGAUCUUUUCCCAAAACUUUUGCGGACAGAAUAUGCUUGGCUUCGGGAGAGACUCGGUCAAGCAAAUGCGAAAAGACGUAAUUUCGUAGAAUGCUGCCGCGAGCAUCAAGCCACAAUCACCGAGGAGUCACCCAAGAGGAGUGGCCCUCAAGGUCUCCGAUUUCUCGCAAUCUCAGUGGACAUAGAGCCUACUGUUGCCAAGCAAGAGCCGAUAUCAACAGAAGCUUCCGGUUCAAACAUUGAUCUGUUACAGGAGGACGAUGAUACAAGUGAGAGUGGUGAUACCAGAACGCUCAUCUCGGCGGCGUCUUCGACAGAUCUAGAGGUGGAGCAAUUUCCCCAGAUACUACGACUUUCAGAGGUCAAUAAUGGAAAUGACACCUUUGAAUGCCCUCUGUGUUGCGUUACUGGCAGAUUUGCGGACGAAAGUUCAUGGCAAAGACAUUUGUAUCAAGACCUCCGAAUUUACGUAUGCACAGCCGACGAGCCUGAGUGCAGCAACAGGCUUUUUAGCGACCGAAAAACUUGGUUCGACCAUGAAUUGCAGCAUCACAGGUGUCAAUGGACUUGCAUCAUUUGCCAGGAAGGACCAUUCCACGCGGCUUCAAUCUUACGAGAUCAUGCAACCACUCAUCACGCAGAGUUGGAGCCAGAGCUUGUCGAAGGACUCAUCGCCGCGAGCCAGCGGCCCCUUCAAGUCAUUGCUGCCUCGGAAUGUCCGUUCUGCGACGAAUGGGAGGAAUUACUCCAGUCUGACGCCAGAAACAAAUCGACCAACACCAGUGGAAGUGUCGUGGUCGAGCUCAAAGAAUUCCAAAACCACAUCGCCAGUCAUUUGCAAAACGUAGCGUUGUUAUCACUUGCAAAAACUUCCGAUGAUUAUGCAACGAAGGAUGUUUCCGGCAGAGAUGAGGCGUCAAGCCAGCUAUUACACACUGCUACCAUAAGAGAGCAAGCCGUGACUGUGACCGCAGAAUCCAGCCAGGCGCGCUCGGCCAAACCAGAGGGUUCUGUAGAUGCAGCGAUGCAAGAGGCCACAACUAUUAUACCAGAUUCACUCCAACGGCAGAAGCAGCCGGCGCCAAGCAUUGCAUCUCUUAAGCAGCGAUCCGUGUCCGACUUUGUCGAUUUGUUCCUCUUCCACAAACAGGUGAAACAGUGUACUCGAAUCUCGGUGUUUCGAAAACAUCGCAGCUUUCUACUUAUGGAUCGCCUCCGUAGUUGGAUGCAAGAGCCGGUCGAAUCACAUGGUCACAUACAGAUCUCGAGAGCUAGUUCUCUUCUUGAAAAGCUCUACCCCGAACGCGAACCUUUUGAGGGCGCAUACCAAGAUUAUGGCAAGCAUCUUGUGUCUGGCAGCAAGCAAUCCUUGAUUGACAUCCUCGUCAUUCUCUUGCAAAUCAGUACAGACGCACUUCUUUUGAUCGACCGGUUUUACCAGCGUCAAGUAUUUGACUCAGACAUACCAAACAUAAUUCGUUACCCCAGUAACCUUGACGAUAUUGUUCAAGGAAGCAUCUACUACAAGUCCCACGACUUAAAAAAUGUCAUAGGCAAAUUCAUGACGCUCGCGCACAAGAUUACAGCUUCCCAAAACCUCAACCUAGGUCAUGGACAAGACGUGCCACUAGGCAUGAUUUUGCCUUUCACUGUCCAGCAAAGCAUCGGACAUGAGGGAAAGAGUGACGUCUUCAGAGUCGAGGUACCGGCUGAAUCGAUGCCAGGCUAUAUUAUCGAAUACAUCAGUUAUGGACCAUCAUUGGAUACCUUGCAUGCAAGAAAGAAAAGGUUUGACAAAGAGCCAUUGACUUAUGAGCUCGUUCUCAAAAGAAUGGAGCACGAAGAGGACUGGAAGCGAGAAGUUGAAUUUCACCGUGCUGCUGACGGAGCCAAAGGAAUUGUCAAGUGUUUUGGCUCCUGGAAGACUGCCAGGAGAAACGACCAUGAAUAUUACUUGCUACUCGAAUCAGGCUGGGAAAAUCUGGAAUAUUACUUUCUAACAUAUUCACCUCCAACGGCGACAACCGAGAUCCUUGACUUCUGGACCAACUUCCGCGAUAUAGCGAUGACGUUGAAGUGUAUGCACACGUUGGAGAUCUCAUCUGCAGGCACGAAGAAGACAUAUUUUGGCUGGCAUGGCGAUAUCAAGCUAUCAAACUUUCUGCUAUGCCCUUAUUCAGAGGGUGAUGAAAUGACCUAUGUCAUCAAGCUUACUGGCUUUGGGUUCGCCAAGCUCGAGGAGGCAAUAGCAGGAGAUCAGAUGGAAGCGACGACUCCACUUCAUGGUGGAACUGAGGAAUACGGGGGGCCAGAAAGGAUUGAUCCUACCACUGGCAAGAUUGACGACAAUAAACGCGUAACACGCAGAUUUGACGUAUGGUCCCUCGGAUGCGCUAUCUACGAGGCUGCUACAUGGAUAGCACUCGGCGCUGAAGGCAUCGAACAGUUCAGGCUUCUCCGAAAGAUAAAGGACAAUCACGCUCAAGAUUUGAACUACGAGGACAUCAGAGGUAACGAGGAGUUUCACCUGCGUGCUAAAGUCGCAAGCGUUGUCGAUAUUUGGCAUGGGUAUCUGCUCAGUGUCUUACGCAACCAGGACUGCAUCACCGGUCCAGUCCUGGAAAUAGCCAAGAGAUAUAUGCUCCAGGCCGACCCAGCCCACCGGGCGUCUGCCGAAGAAUUGGUCAACCUGCUCGAUAAUGCUCUCGCUCAAGCUCAUUCCGAUGCGCCCAAAUAUUCGAAACAACCUGGGUUACUACAGACGGCCUUGCGCUUGCAUCACCAGCGGUCUCAACAAAACAGUGAUGCCAGAGCCUCAAUGAGUGCAACACUCCAAUUCGCCAGAAAUGUAGACCGGACUAGCGAAGAGGCAGUUGACACGAGCCAGCUUCCAUCUUUCGAGUAUUGGGAUGCGGUCAGAUUCUUGAAUGGCAUAGGAUUGACGCAUUCCACACAUAUCAAGAUUCCAAGACCGACGGGAGCUCUACCAGACUCAGAGGCACAGAGAACUGGCCCCUCAAGAAAAGUUAUAAGACCAAUGACAUCACUUUCUGAUGACAGAGGCCAGGACAAUCCACAUAAUUUAACAUGGUCGCAAUACAUUGAAAGUGUUUCCAACGUGUCUCAAGGAAACCAUGAGACUUUCAGGUCGUCAGCCGAGCCCCACAAAGAACAAACGUUACAAGAGGCUACGUUCGGAGACAUGUUCAAUGAUAGAGAUAUCAUCUUCCUUUUUGACGACAGGCAGAGAAUGUAUGUACACUGGCCGCAAGUCCAGGCUGUCGCAACGGUCCUGAUGGUCAUCCUUCCUGGCCAAGGCCAGGACGGGUUCGAUACAUACUUUUCUUCCCACCGACGGCGACCCACCACGAAGCCUGGUGGCAGGGAGCUUGACUGGGACUUCCUCAACCAAGGAAAAGGCAAAACAUACAGCCACAAAGUCACUUUGAUCAUCUUCACUGAUGGUGUUUGGCGCGAUCAACAAAGACAACUCAUCGAGUUGGCUAUUGAGAAAUGGCUGCGGUACAACAAGAUGAAAGGGGCUAUCGAUAUGGAUCCACGACAAUACAGUAUCCAGUUCAUCCAUUUCGGCAACGAAUCGGGAUCUUUUAAAGCGCUCGAGUCCAUGGGAGAUGGCCUUUGUAAAGGCAUUGACGUGACCGAUGUUAUCGACGUCGAACGUGCGGAUGGCAAUAUUCACAAGAUGAUCAUGGGGAGCCUCUAUGAUACCUGGCACAGGUCCAGGACUCCUACCACCAUCAGCACCACCACCACGAUGACCGAUAUUGCGCCUCCAAUACCUCGCCAUUUAGACUAG